AAUCAAAUUUAAUACUUAAAUUCUCAAAACUACUGAAAUGUUUAUAAAUUUAAGGUGUCAUUGUACACGUGACACUCUUAUAUAAGUACAUAUAAUAUUAUUUAAAAUAUAUUUUAAAUUUUAUAAUAUUUUUUAUUUUUAUAAUUUCGUUUAAUUUUUUUAAAAAAAUUAAAAUAUUAUUAAGGGUACCAAUAUAAAAUUGUGUCAUGUACAAGAAUAUAGAUAAUGACAUAAACAAAUAUAACAAUUAACACUGAAUAACAUCUUAAAUUCCCUUAAAGAAUUUUGGAUAAAUACCAUUUUGGGCCCUAUGUUUUGUAAAAGUUAUCAAUUUGACCUUGUGUUUUGUUAAAUGACAAAAUAGACCUUGUAUUUUCUAAAAUAGUACAAAUAGGACCUUGAAUUGAUUUUUUGUCAAAAUAAAGUUUAAUUAUAAUCCGAUUUAAAAGUGUUAUGACAAAACUGUUUACAUUUUUUGUAUCUGUCCGUAUUAACAAUUGUCUUCAAGUUGGUUGUAUUAAAAAAAAGUUGUCAAAAAUUAAGCUCAAGGUCCUAUUUUUACUAUUUUAAAAAAUACAGGGUCUAUUUUGUCAUUUAACAAAAUACAGAGUCUAAUCUAUAACUUUUGCAAAACACAAAGUCCAAAAUGGUAUUUACCCAAGAAUUUUACCACAAAAAUUAAAUUAUAAUACAAAAAAAAUUCUUCAAUAGAAACACCAACAACAAAAAAAAAAAAAAAAAGGAAAUAAUGGGGCGAAAGUGAGACCUUUCAUUAGAGUAUAGGAGAACCACCAUCAAGUAUCAACCGAUAUGAGUUGUGAAUGUGAUUUCUCAAAUUCCGCUUUCUAUGCUUCACGCCUCGUUUGCUUCUCCCCCCUCACACUACAGCUAUGCCAGAAAUACAUACCCACAAUCAAUCCUCUUUCUCCAUCCUUUUCCCUCCCUUAAUUUUCAUUCGGAGCCAAAAUGACUGUAAUCGACAUUCUCUUCCGAGUGGAUUCCAUUUGCAAGAAGUACGAAAAGUAUGAUAUCGAGAAGCAGCGCGAUCUUAAUGCCAAUGGACCUGAAGAUCCCUUCGCUCGCCUCUAUGCUGCCUUCGAACGUGACAUUGAUGCCGCUUUACUCAAAUCAGAAGUGGCUUCGGUCGAGAAGAAUAGAGCUUCCGCGGCUGCACUGAAUGCUGAAGUUCGUCGGAUGAAGGCUCGGUUGAUGGAGGAUAUUCCUAAACUUCGGAAAUUGGCUCAGAAAAAGGUUAAAGGGUUGUCAAGAGAAGAUAUAGAAGGUCGUAAUGAUCUAGUUCUUGCACUACCAGAGAGGAUUGAAGAAAUACCUGAUGGGACACUAAAUGCUGCCAAACAAACUGGGGGUUGGAAAACUUCUGGAUCUCACAAAAAUAUUAAGUUUGACUCAUCAGACGGGAACUUUGACGAUGAGUUUUUCCAACAAAGUGAAGAAUCUAGCCAAUUUAGACAGGAGUACGAAAUGCGGAAAAUGAAACAGGAUCAAGGGCUUGAUUUUAUAUCAGAAGGACUAGAUACACUGAAAAAUUUGGCCCAUGAUAUGAGCGAGGAACUGGACAACCAAGUGCCAUUAGUCGAUGAAAUAGAUACAAAGGUAGACAAGGCAACAUCUGAUAUUAAGAAUACCAAUGUUAGGUUAAAGCAAACUCUUAAUCAGGUGAGAUCCAGUCAUAAUUUCUGUAUUGACAUCAUUCUCCUAUGUAUAAUUUUGGGAAUCGUUUCUUACUUGUACAAUAUACUGAGAUGAUUCUAAUAUGAUCUUUCCUCAACUGCAAAUAAUCGUCAUGUUCAUGGUAAUAUUUUCCUUUAUUGAUUUAGGGCUUGCUUUCCUUAUACCAUUUUAAGAUCUUCAUAUUAACAUCUAUAAUCAAUUGUCCUCUGGAGGGAAAACUAGAUCAGCCAUUUUAGGUUGGCUGUUGAAUAACAUCUCAAGUAAUGUGUCUCUUUGUUAUAAAGUAUAAUCUGGGGCUGCACAACUACUUCUGAAAUAUUCUUUGCAAUAUUAAGUUAUUUGUCCUUUCAUAUUGGUACCAAAAAAAAAUCUUGUAUUUGUGACUUAAAUAGUGUGUGGUGUACUAUUUAAUUAAGCUAUUACUUAUUGAUGCUCUUUUCGUUA